AUGUCGGGGCUUUUCUCGCUAGGCGGUGACAACAAUCUUAAUCAGAACAAUAACAAAGAUCCGACGGACAGCAGCAGCUCAAGCCUGUUCCUGUUGAAAAACAAAGAGAUCUACAACAGAGACUUCGAGCUAUGGCACCACUACUACCACCACCACCACAACCACCGCCUUCAGCAACAACAAAACCUUCACGACGGCGACUUCUCCGUGGGCCCCACCACCACUAGAAGAAACAACAACAAUAAUAAUAAUAAUAUAAGUAGUGGCGAUGAUCAGGGUUCGAGCCACGGGGGUUUUAGGGUUACGAGGCGCGGCGAAGGGGUCAGCUGCCAGGACUGCGGGAAUCAGGCCAAGAAGGACUGCGACCAUCUCCGUUGCCGGACCUGCUGCAAGAGCCGGGGAUUCACUUGCCAGACCCACGUCAAGAGCACAUGGGUCCCGGCCGCCACGCGCCGCCACCGCCAGCAGCAGCUGGUCACGAGGGUGGGAGGCGACGGGAGGGAGGAUCGGCUGCAGCUCGCCGCCGGGAAGCGGAUCAGGGAGAAUCAGGCCGCGGCCGGCGCCGGCGCGGCGUCAGGUGAUUUUUAUUUUGGAUAA